GAUCAGGCGAACGCGGCAUCUGGAAUGGCAAUAGAUGAUGCAUGUAAAAUGAAAUUCUUGGAGCUAAAAGCCAAGAGGAAUUACAGGUUCAUCGUUUUCAAGAUCCAUGACCAGCAGGUGGUCGUCGAAGAGCUCGGCGGCCCCGGCAAAAGCUACAAAGAUUUCACCGCGGCUCUGCCCGCCGACGAAUGCCGCUACGCGGUCUUCAAUUUCGACUUCACCACCAAUGAGAACUGCCAGAAAAGCAAAAUCUUCUUCAUUGCAUGGGCGCCGGAUGCAUUGAGGGUGAGAAGUAAGAUGGUGUGUGCAAGCUCGAAAGACAGAUUCAAGAGGGAAUCGGAUGGCAUUCAACUUGAGUUGCAGGCAACAGAUCCUAGUGAAAUGAGUUUCGACAUUAUAAAAGCCCGGUCAUGCUAA